AUGGAUGAUAAUGAUAAGAGAUGGUGCAGACAUUUUAUUGAUGAAUUGUGGAAAUGGAAGAUUUGCCAGCCCUUUCGAUAUCCAGUCGAACCAGAAAUAAACAAUUGUCCAGAUUAUUUUCAAAUUAUUAAGCAACCAAUGGACUUCCAAACAAUUAAAUACAAAUUAAAUCAGAAUUCUUAUGAAGAUAUUCGCGAAUUCUUUAAUGAUUUACGAUUAAUAAGUUAUAAUGCAAAACAAUAUAACGGCGAAGAUACUUAUUACGGAAAGAUGGCAGGAGAUAUAUUAGAUGAAGUUAAUAAGCGUGCAGAACGUAAAUUAAAAUUCAAAAAUGAUACAUUAGAUGAAUUAGAAAGUUUAUCAGCACAAAUAUCGACACUAUUAGCAAAUCCACCACCUGAAGCUACAGUAAGUCUUCCGGUGAGAGUUAAUGCAAAAUCAAACUCAAAAUCUUACUGA